GGCCCCUGCGCCGGCCCCUGCGCCGGCCCCCGGGCCAGCCCCUGGGCCGGCCCUUGGGCCGGCGCCGUCGUGCUUGUGUGUGCCGGCGCCAGCGUCGGCGCCGGCGCCGGCGCCGUCGCCGUCGCCGUCGCAGUUCGGCGCACCAGGGUCGCAGCAGUGCCAGUGCCAGCCCGCGGCGUGGGGCAGUGCGAACACUGCCGAAUCCGCGGUCACGACCACGCAGUGGCAGGCGAACCUCAGCGGGGAGGCCUGGGUGAUGAGGACCGCCACCGUGACGACUACUACGACUACUACGACUACUACGACCACGAUCACCACCACGACGACGACUCCGGAGAUGGAGCUCGUCUGCGAGGACAGUCCAGUAGGCUGGGUGUCGUCAACGGGGCUCUCUUGCAACUUCUACAAGUGGGGCCGCUACUGCACCGAGUCCGGGGGCUACGGCCUGAACUGGUCCUCGCUGGGCUGCACCAAGAAUGCCAGAGACCGGGAGGAGAACGAGAGGGAGAUGAG